AUGGCUAGUAACCGCACACGUCGCAUUGGCAAAGAGAUUGCCGACAUUCAUGCCGACUCGCAUUCUCAGAUCAAAGCCGAGCCUUUCUACAACAAUGACGACGUAACACACCUGAGAGGAUCAUUCCCAGGACCUCCAGGCACGCCUUAUGAAGGCGGUACAUACAGUAUCGACAUCAAAAUUCCUACCGACUACCCUUUCCGCCCGCCUACAAUGAAGUUUGAGACCAAAGUGUGGCAUCCCAAUGUUAGCAGCCAAACAGGUGCAAUUUGUCUCGAUACACUGUCGAUCUUGACGAUAAAAUCAGCUCUACUUUCAUUGCAGUCUUUGCUCAGCACACCUGAGCCAAAGGAUCCUCAAGAUGCUGAAGUGGCGAACAUGCUCCUCAAAACUCCCAAGGAGUUUGAACGAGUUGCGCGUGACUGGGCUGUUAUCUAUGCUGGUGCCCCCAUGAGCGAUGAUAAUGGUAGUGGGUACAGCGUGGAUGAGAUCAAACCCGGUGGUGAAGACAACCUGGCAAAAUAUGAUGGAUACAACAAGGAUUUGAUUGAUCGUUUUGGCAGCAUGGGCUUUGAUGUUGAACGUGUUGUGGCUGCCUUCCGAUUUGUCGGUGCCGAACGCAAUGGAGGUUAUGACUAUCAGCUGGAUGAAGGGAAGAUGGGUGACAUUACUGCCCACGAUAUCUACCGCUCCUCAUCUCAGUACCGACUGUGGUCAUACACCGAACCUUCACUGCAGUCUCUCCGGGCGACAACCAAUGCCGUUGCCUCUGAGCGCGUGCGUGCCGCCUUGCGCAGGUCUCGCGAAACUCAGCCGUCGGCCGCCUCCUCCGCCGCUGGAACACCACAACCGGCGAGUGAUGUGGACGGGAAAAGCAAAGAUGAAAAAGAAAUCGAAUGCUUAACACCAGAGGAGGAGCUUGUGCUCGUGCGGUAUUACUGCGAGAAGACAUUGGAGUUGGGCGAAACAUAUAAACCACCGAUGCCCACCAUGGCCCGAGCAACGGCGAUCCAAUAUCUUAGACGCUUCUACCUAACUAAUUCCCCCAUGACAUAUCACCCGAAGUCGAUCAUGGCGUGUGCGCUCUUUGUCGCAACCAAGACUGAAAACUAUUACAUGUCUCUCCGGCAAUUUGCUGAUGGCAUCCCUGGUGAAACAUCACCCGAGGACGUCAUUGCACCUGAAUUCUUGCUCAUGCAAGGUCUCCGAUUCACCUUCGACAUACGACAUCCAUUCCGUGGACUUGAAGGUGGUGUAAUGGAACUGCAAGCAAUCGCAGAUGGCCAGGGUCAACCGGCUCCUCAUCUGCCGCACGAAACCGCCGAAGAUCUCCAACAAGGGCUGCUGUCCAUUGCGCCUCCCCCUACUCCAUCGAAGUCGAUGUCAGAUCGAAUCGCCGUGGCCCACGGCAAAACGCGCGACUUGCUGAAAACCGCGGCUCAAAUGACAGAUGCCUACUUUCUGUAUACGCCAUCUCAGAUCUGGCUAUCUGCUUUCUUGAUCGCCGAUCGCCCAUUGGCCGAGUUCCUCCUCGACGUGAAACUCGGUGGCCCUGUCACAGCCACCAUCCCUACACCCGAAACAGACGAGAACGGCCUUGUGAAUCCACUAUACGAGAUUCGCUCGAAGCUGCACCGCGUGCUAACUGAAUGUUCCGCCCUCCUCCAGGCCUACACGCCCCUCUCUUCAGAUCCAGCCCAGAUGAAGAGUCUAAAGCGCAUUGCGAAGAAGCUAUAUCAUUGCCAGAACCCGGAGAAAGUCAAUUUGAAACGCGAGUCCGCUCAGGUGGCUGCCACCCAGACCGAUUCUGGGGCUGUGACCUCGGAGAGUGAAUCUGAGCGUCUGGCUGAAAAGCGAAAAUUGGAACAGGAGCAGAUGGCCCGACAGAGCAAUGAUGUUUUCGGUCCAGAGCUAGUACAACGGACCAAGCCAUGA